AUCAGUGCCUUUUCUCAUUUUUCAAUCAAAGGAGGACACAGCGACAGAACUUUGGGCAGGGAGGAGCAAAUCAGAGUCUACUCCUGCUCUAGGAUAAUCUAGGAUAAACUUCCUAUGGCUUGAAACAGUGCUGUGAAUACCCAGAAAGCUGAGGGGAAAGGUAUUAUUUUUGGCUGAAAGUCUUCUAGCUGGUGAAGGAACUCUCUCAUUAGUUACUCAUUGCCUCGGAAAGUCUCAUAAAACAACCGGCACAGCCUAGCAAAUACUUUUCUUCAGUGGGAGCUGAGAGACCCAGGAACUGAACGAGGCCUUGAACCCAUUUUAUGGACUCACUUCUUACUGAGCUACCAUAAAAUAUUAAAAUUCCGACCUUAUAAAUACGGAGGGGAAAGAGCUGUGCAUUUCUUAGCAGAUGCCUCUCCAGAGACUCUUCCCAAGACAUUGUCCAGGCUCCUCCGAGAUGGCACAGAGAAGCAGCCACGCAGUCCCUUGUGAAGUGCCUAUCCUUGUCCUCUGCUUUUUGGCACGCGCAGCCAUGGGUUUGGAACUGUCUGUAAACAACCACAUUGCUGACUUCUCCCUGUCUACAACGUCUGGCUCUCUUGUCUCCCUCUCCUGCCUCGCACGGAACAGCAACCAGGAUGAGGAACUGCUCUGGUACAGAGGAGAUGGGAAAGUGGAUCUGAAAGAAGGGAAUAAAGUGAACAUCAGUAACAUCUGCAUAUCCCCAGUCACCACGUCCGACAAUGGAGUCAUCUUCACAUGCAAGCUAGCGCGGAACACGUCUGUCCAGGUGUCAGUGACCCUGGACGUCCAGUUUCUUCCCCAGCUGACUGGAGAAGAGUCCCUCCAGAUUGAAGAAGGCAAAGACGUCACUCUGUCCUGCAACGCCAAAUCCAACCCUCAGGCCCAAGCAGCUUGGUACAAGGACAACUCCACCUUGACCCUGCAGCAGAAUCGUUACCAGCUGUACCAGACCAGCGAGGUCUUUCAGCUCUCCAUCAAAAAAGUACAGAAGUCAGACAAUGGGACCUACACCUGUAUGUUGAAAUCUCAAGAAGAGAGGUGGAAGGAUUUCCACCUGACAGUUGAAGAUAAGAAACCUGUUUUUCCCAUGGAGGCCAUCAUUGCUGCUGCCGUGGUGGUUGUGCUCACAGUGCUUUUUGGAAUAGUGGCUCGAAAAGAUAAAAUUUGUAAGUGCUUCAAAAGAUCCAGUGAAACAGCUCUGUAAAGACCACAAGGCUCCUGUGUGUACCCAGAAAACACCAUUGCUAGCAGGGGAAAAUGAGCUCUUGCGGGAGAUAUGAGAUAAAGCUCUGAAACAAGUUUUUUGGGGUCAAGUUUAUAAUGUCUUUUCCAAAUAUAAGCUGUUCUUUGCAUCUGUUCAUUCUAACUUACUGCUUAGAGCACUGCUGGGGGGUGGUUGGGCUGCCUGAGCUGCUGCCAGAUCUUUCCCUCUAUGCUUAUUCCUAAAAUGAAUGCACAUGCAGUCAGAUGUGCAGGCUGUUGGUCGCUUCACAGAGGAAUCCAUACCAGGUUGCCAAAGAUCCUGAUACUGAUGCAGACAAGUGAGGUGUUAAGUUGGCAGUCGAGUGCCUUUCCAUGGGGUGUUAGGAACAGUGGCGCCCCAACCUGCUGCCCCUUCCCAGGAAUCCUAUGGACAGCUCAGCUUGUUAGCCAGGAUGAAAGCUGCCUGGCACUGUGCACUGCUGGCUCCCUUGGCCAAGGGCAGCCCCGUGCGCUCCCGAUGCACAAUGGAAAACCUCUCCAUCCUGUGCCACAACAAACGCACCACUCCAGCAUUUUUCAUAGAAUCAUUUGCUUUGAAAAGACCUUUAAAGGGGAUCAGAGUCCAACCGUACCUGUCCACUACUAAAACAGAUCUCUAAGCACCUCAUCAACCCGGCUUUUAAAUCCCUCCAGGGACGGUGACCCAACCAGCCCCCUGGGCAGCUUCUGCCGGUGCCUGAUAAACCUUGCAAUAAAGAAUUUUUUCCUAAUACCCAAUGUAAGCGUCCCCUGGCACAACUCAAGACCAUUUCUUCUCGUCAUAUCAGUUGUUACUUGAGAGAAGAAACCAACACCCACCUCGCUACUACCUCAUUUCAGGGAGCUGCAGAGAGUGAUGAGGUCUCCCCUCAGACUUCUCUUCUCCAGACUGAACACCUCCAGGUGCCUCAGCUGCUCCUCAGAUAACUUGUUCUCCAGCUCCUUCACCAACUCUGCUGCCUUUCUCUGAAUGCGCUCCAGCCCUUCAAUGUCCUUUUUUGUAGCGAGGGGCCCAGAACUGAACCCAGAAUUUGAGGUGUGGCCUCACCGGGUCCUGGGAAGCUUUUAGGGCCUAAGGGUGACAUUGUGCCUGGCAAGAUGGGGAUGUUCCAUCAGUGCCUGGGGCUCCACCAGCCCUAGGAGAAUACGGCCAGCAGCCCUGAAUGGAGAAUGGGGCCACUGGCCCAAAAGGAACAGAGGCCAGUAGACCUGAGGGAA